UCUGGUUGUCAUAGCGGUGAUAAUGGUGAUGGUACUUUUAUUAUAUUAAAUAUUAUUAUUAUCAUCAUUCAUCACUUGAUGUGAAUGAUGUGUAUUCAUUGUUUAACUAGGUCUUAAGAGUAAUCAGAAAGAAGGAAAAUACAAGACGUUGAAUCGAGCAAUUUUGUGUGAAACCAGAAAAUUGAAAACAAAAAGUAGUUUUUUUUCAUUUUUGUGGACAGAUUUUGAUCAAGUGAUUCAAUACUUCCAAUUAAUGGUCUAUGUUUAAUCGGAAAGUGCCCAGCAUUAACUUGUAAAUUGGAGAGACCAGGUUUCAGUGGUGAUAAUAAUGACUGAGACGCCAACAGCUGGAUCAAAUCGUCAUCCUGAGAGCUGUUUCAAUUUGAUUGACUUUUGUCCCAACUAUCGACGUCGACCACAAGCUUGGUUUUUAAUUCCAAAAUAUCAAACUCUUAGUGAUUUGUUUGAACAAAUUAACAAAUGGUUAGAGUCACAUCCAGAAUGGAUUGUUGUGUCGGUUGAAUCAAUCAUCUACGAUCCUGACUCUGGCUUUGGAAAUGAAAUCUCAGUCUCCAUUGGUUCAUUGGCAAAAAAAGGAAUUAAAGGAAUCAGACUAUGGUUAACACCGAACAAAAAUGGUCAACCAUUUCAAAAACUUGGCUUAAUCAAUGUCGUACCCAAGUUAAAUGGCAACAACAUUAAUGGAUCCAAUGGAAGGACUGUUUGGUCACCAAAUGGACAUGAAACUAUCGAGGAGAUGGUUAUUAGAGUUAACAAUCUUUUACACAAGAAACCAAUUCAAGGUAAAAUAAUAUCAGUUGAAACUGUAUCAAUUCCAGUGACAGGUAAAUGGGAGAUUGACACUGAAAGUAGUGAAUUUUAUCGAGAUUCAUCCAGUUUUGCACAAACAUUGCGUAUCUAUUAUGAGUACGGAGAGACUUGUAUGGAGGAAAUUGGCCUCAAAGAUUUCGUUCCGUCUUCAUCUUCAUGGGAUUCACCUCUUGCUCCUCCUGACUAUGAAUCAUUUGCUAGUUUAUUUACUCGAGCAUCUCAAUGGUUUCGUGAUCAACCUUCACAUUACCGAUACCUUAAUUGCCAAUCAGUUGAAGUGCCAUUGAUGUCCAAAACAGCUAAUUCAGACUGUAAACAUCCAAUUGACAGUAAUUUGAGUCUCUUGAUUCCUGGUAAGGCAGAGUUCAGUCUGAAAUUUAUUAGAUUAGCUUAUGCUGUACCAACAAGAGGAAUAUCAGUUGAAUCAAUUAAACACCCGGAGAUCGUGCUCAAUUGCAAGAUAUUUGUGCCCAUCAGACAUAAAACAUCUAAUCAAUAUGAAACUGUUGCUGCAACCAAAAGAAAAAUGGAAGCUUGGCUUACUAUUACAGGAGCUCGAGUCCUUUCAGCUGAAACAACUUUCCUGAAAUUAUCUUAUUGUAAUAGCAGCAUUGCUGCCAAUGUGGAUUCCUGUUUAACAUCCCUUUGCAACCGACCCAAUGAUAGUCAUCACAUUGUUACUUAUCGAGUAUAUCUGGAUGGACAUUAUGUUGAACCACCAACUCGACUUUUACCUUCUUUUGACAAUGAGCUGUCCAAUGAUGAAUCUAAUUGUUGUAUUAGCUAAUAAUCAAA